AUGGCCGAGCCCUCCGCCUGUUGCGACCGCGUCGCCAUCAACGUCUCCGGUCGCCGCUUCGAGACCCUGCUCCGGACCCUGCUCCGGUUCCCGGACACGUUACUGGGUGACCCUCGACGCCGGCGCCGGUUCUUCGACCCCCGACGCCGCGAGUACUUCUUCGACCGCCAUUCUGGAGCCUUCGGGGCCGUCCUACACUAUUACCAGUCCGGGGGUCGGCUCCGGCGCCCUCCGGAUGUCCCAUUGGACGUGUUCCUGGAGGAGCUGCGGUUCUAUGGGCUCGGGGAGGAGGCCGAGGGGAGGUUACGUGAGGCCGAAGGCUUCGCGGCUCCGGCGCCCGCGGCGCUGCCCCGGGGCCGGCUCCGGCGCCGCGCGUGGCUCCUGUGUGAGCACCCCGAGAGCUCGGCCGGGGCGCGGGUGGUGGCGCUGGUGUCGGUGGUUGUCAUCCUGGUGUCCAUCGUGGUGUUCUGUCUGGAGACCAUGCCGCAGUUCAGGGGUACGGCGCAUGGGGAGGCGCAGCCUUCAUCCACCCUUUUCUCUGCCUCCUCCUCCUCUUUAUCUCCAUCAACUUCCUCUUCCUUCUCGGACCCCUUCUUCCUGGUGGAGACCGUUGCAUCUGCUGGUUUCAGCCUGGAGCUGCUGGUGCGCCUGGCGGCCAGCCCCAGCAAAGCCGCCUUCUUCCGCAGCGCCAUGAACCUCAUCGACCUCUUGGCCAUCGCGCCCUACUUCGUGGCGCUGGGCACGGAGCUGGCGCGCCGCGGGGGGCUGGCGCAACCCGCCAUGGCGCUGGCGGUGGUGCGCGUGGUGCGCCUGGUGCGCGUCUUCCGCGUCUUCAAGCUGUCGCGCCACUCGACGGGGCUGCAGAUCCUGGGCCAGACGCUCAAGGCCAGCAUGCGGGAGCUGGGGCUGCUCAUCUUCUUCCUCCUCAUCGGCGUCGUGCUCUUCGCCAGCGCCGUCUACUUCGCCGAGGCCGAGGACGCCGCCACCGCCUUCACCUCCAUCCCGCAGGCCUUCUGGUGGGCUGUGGUCACCAUGACCACCGUGGGCUACGGGGACAUGGCGCCGGUGACGGUGGGAGGCCGCCUGGUGGGGUCUCUUUGCGCCAUCGCUGGUGUUCUCACCAUCUCCUUGCCCGUCCCUGUCAUCGUCUCCAACUUCAGUUACUUCUAUAGGAGGGAGCUCCAUGGGGAGGACAAUGGGGACUUCAGGCCGGCGUCGCCCUGCCCCCGACACCCACCCCCACCAGAGGAGGGGGGGGAGGGGAAGGGGGAGGGGGGAGGGGGGGAGAUGGAUGGGGAGGCGGUGGGGGGGGGGGCGAGGGGGUGGGGGGGGAGGUUGGUGACGGAGGUGUGA